UUCCUGGGCAUCAUAUCUUGCAUAAUUUACUGGUGACCCCUGAUCAUCAUCUUUGUCCCUAAUACGUUUUUUACGCUUUAUGUUGCUGUCUGAAUUGGAACUCCACUACCCAUUUGAAACCUCAGUCGCAGAUACUUUUAAAGCACAAGACACUAGUCUCCAGUCAAGACUCUUGUCAUGGAAGCAGUUGAGGAGAUAGUCAUUGUUGGAGCUGGCAUAGCAGGGCUUACCACAGCUUUAGGACUUCAUAGGCUAGGCAUAAGAAGCUUGGUUUUGGAGUCGCACGACCAUUUGAGGACCACAGGGUUUGCGUUAGGAAUAUGGACAAAUGGUUGGAAAGCCUUGGACGCGGUCGGGGUUGGUGAAUCGCUCCGUCAGCAGCACAACCGACUUCUCAGGGUAAUGACUUCUUCCGCAAUUUCUGGACUUCGUACAGCAGAGAUAGCGUUAAAUGCCAUGGGGCCGCAGAGAGACCAUGAAUUUCGUUGUGUGCAGAGGAAGAUCUUGUUGGAGACUCUUGAGAAAGAACUUCCAAGUGGCACUAUUAAAUUUUCUUCCAAGGUAGUUUCAAUCGAAGAAUCGGGCUGCCUCAAGCUUAUUCAUCUUUCUGAUGGUUCUUUUCUCAAGGCGAAGUUGUUGAUUGGGUGUGAUGGAGUGAACUCUGCACUGGCCAAAUGGCUAGGCUUCAAGAAGCCUGCUUCUGUUGGCCGAUUCGGCAUCAGGGCCUGUGUAUAUUACGAGAAUGGCCAUGAUCUUGAGCCCAAAAUUUCCCUGUUCAUGGGUAAAGGAGUAAGAUAUGGUGUCCUUCCUUGCGAUGAUAAGACAAUAUACUGGUUCUUCAGUUUUUCUCCUUCCAGCCAGGAUGAAGAAAUUAUAGAUAACCCGGCUGAGAUCAAGCAAUUAGUGCUAGGCAAGCUCGGAAAAGUCGCAGACAACAUAAAAGCUGUUAUAGAUGACACGGAAUUGGAUAACAUGAUGUUAUCUCCACUGAGAUUUAGACACCCAUGGGAGAUUAUAUGGGGAAACAUAAGCAAAAGCAAUGUUUGUGUAGCUGGAGAUGCAUUCCACCCCAUGACACCAGACAUUGCCCAAGGAGGCUGUGCGGCCCUAGAAGAUGGCAUCGUCUUAGCAAGAUGCCUGGGUGAAGCCUUGAGAGACAGGCAAGUCAUGAGAAGUGAAGGGAAGGGUAUAGAAGAGGAGGACGAGCACAAGAGGAUUGAGAGGGGUCUGCAGAACUAUGCCAAAGAGCGAAGAUGGAGAGCAUUUCAGCUCAUAACUACAGCUUAUAUGGUGGGAUACAUGGCACAAAGCGAUGGCAAGAUAUUGAACUUCUUGAGUAAUACAGUGCUGGCCGGGUUCUUGGCUGGGCGGCUGCCAAGGAUAGCGAGCUACAAUUGCGGGAUGCUAAGAACUUCUUGAAUUCAGAGCUUAGUCCCAUAUGUUGCUGUUUGCCUUUGCAGGUUACAUAGGGAGUGUUUUUCUCAUUUUCUCAUUUCUCUUCUUCCUAUGUAAAGGAAAAUAAGGGAAUGUUUGUGUUUGUGCUAGUAAAGUAAGGAUGAUGAAUGCGUGUAGCUACAAUAAUGUCACUUUUGAAUUGUGAGUGACUGAAUUUGCUUCGUUGGAGAUGUAAGUUGAAUUGCUGGAUU